UGCGUCUUCAACAGCAGCCACCAACAAAAUGGAAAUGAAAGAGAAUGAUAAGACAUGGAGAAUGAGCCCAGACAGUGAAUCUUCAUGGACUACUGAUGCCGAGGCCAGUUCUGGGAAGAAAUUCACCAUUCCAAAGAUCAGGAGAACAACUGAGAAAGUUUACUUGUCUUCGUGUCUCACCAACACAAGAGAGUAUGACUUCAUACAUGGCACUCUGAAGCAGUGCAGGCUUAAUACAAGCUGUGACCUGCAGGUCACGUGGCAGUUUGGAGAUACAAAGCUGGUCCGCAAUGAGUAUCUCGAAAAACAGUUUUCUGCUAAGAGGUUAGAGAUGCGUGAGAAUGGAAGAUACGGCAGAGAACUGGAAGAACAUUUCUGCUUCUUAGCACUUCCUCAGAGUGCUAUGGUAGAAAUCUACCAGAAUGGGCCGAGUACCAGAGCAUCCCCACUGAAGAUACUCGGGAAUCCUGUUCUUGGAGUUUAUAUGUUUAGACAUGUUGAUGUUGCCUUGAACUACGCUCAUAGUCGAAGCACUACUGUAGAAAGUAUUAUGAUUUUUAAGGUUCUCUUUGGAAAAGUAAAGAAAAUUCAACCUUGUAUGGAUAAAAACAAGGUUUCUCUGGAUCCUUCUCCUAACUUUGAUUGCCACAUGUCAAGAAAUAUGCCUUCUCUGAAAGAUACCAUUGAGCUACAAGCCUACAAUUCAGUGGUGUACUUCUAUGAAUAUGAUUUCUUUUCAAGGCCAGUAGAUAAACCUAGACAGUGUCUUCCAUAUGCAGUAGUAACAGUAAAAUAUAUUGGUCAAAAGGCAGGUAGUGGACAACUUAUAACAUCGCUGAGAUUCCCAUCCACAGGAUUUCCUAAGAGGCUUGAAAGAGCAUGUUCUCUGAGUAACUGUACAAUUGCCAAAAGAAUUGGAAAAGGAAAAGAUGCUACAGUCAUCUUUGAGCACUUCAGGAAACCUGUCGAUUCGUUUGUUCAGGAAAAUUGUCCGUGCAAAGCACUAAAUUCCGAGAUGGGUCCUUCCAACUCAGAUGCUUCUAGUUCUUAUGGAAAUGUGCAAAAUGGAAACAGUUCUAUGUUUGAAGGAUACAAUGGACAGAUAGAUAAUUCAUCAGAAGUUAGAGAUGCUUCUCAAGUACACACACACAGUUCAGAUCUUUCUUUCAUGCCCACUGCUAACACAGCAAGUGGUAAUGGUGACCUGUUCAGUGUGACAUACCUUAGAAGUAUUUUAAAUAGUAUUUCUGCUGUUCUCCCCUCUCCGAGCAGUAUUGGCUCAAGUACAGUUAUUACUUCAAAACUUAUUAAGGACCCAAGACUGAUAAAGAGAGAACAAAGCAUGAGAAAACAAAAUAAUUCUGCAGGGUUAAGUGAUGUUUUGCCAUUUGAUCAGAGUGUGGGUCAUGGUAAUUCAGAAAUAAAGCUGACAUGUAUGCCAGCUAGUUCCGUCUCUUCACCUGAAACUACCCCUGCUGAUAAUGCUGUUACUAAUUGUGCAGAUGCUACUUGCUUCAGAUUCUCUUCUGAAAGUUCACACUGUCAGGUUCACAAUAUGGCCUCAAAGGACUGUGACUGUACAGCAUCUAGUAAAAUUGCUACUACAGAACAAUGUAAAGAACAAAACAGUUUUUCCUUCCCUUAUUAUUUACCAAAUGCAUUUUCAGAUGUUGGGAAACAAAAAUACAAUGAAGAAAAGGCCCAGAGAGCCCAAAAGGGAAGCAACAUCCCAGUUUUAACUGAGCAAAGCAAUGAGCCACAGAAAUCCUGUGAAUCAGGAAAAAAUACUUAUAGUAAAGACUCUCCGAGUCACAUCUCUAAGGCAUUGUGGUCUUCUGAUUUAAACGAUACAUAUAAGGUUGGUCACCAGAUGUCUGCACUCUUCCCAGUCCAGAAAAAAGGAAGCCUAGAUGAAUAUGUGCAAAAUACUGGAAUGAUAAGAACCUUCAUCAGCCCAGAGGACAAUUCUAAACAUGUUGUGAACCAAACUUGGUGGAACAAAACUGUUAAUUAUUUUACUAAUGAAACUAAAAGCCCAAUUGAUAAUUGCAUUACACUGCACCAGGAACACGAAGAUGAAAAUCUUAAUCCUUUUAGGGGAAAUUGUGAAAAAAUACCAGUUACUCAUAAGUUACAAAUGUCCACAUCUCCUAUAUCUACCACAAAGGAUAAAAAUGAACAAGAUCAUGCAGCAUUGAAAUUAGAGUAUAGUCUUACUCCGAAUAUGAGGUGCCUUUCACAAAAGAACCCUCACUACUCUUUGGAGCACAGAGAUAAUAUUCAUACAAAUUUUGCCAUGGCUCAAGGGCUAAUAGAAUUGAAAGCAGUACAAAAUAAUCAGAACUUUAUUAACAUUAUGACUGAUGCUUUCCAGGAAGCCAAAGAUGAUCCCCUGGCCAGAGAUCAACUCAUUGAUAGAGUUAUUUCAUCUUCUGCCAUUGACAUAUCUCUUGACAGUUCAGGUUGCAACAUAGUUGGAGAAUAUAUGUACAUCCAGAGGGAAAAUGAAAAUGAGGUGGUGUCAGAGUGUAACCUUCAAAAAGAUUGCAGAGGAAGUUCUCAUAUUAAAGAUGAUGUGCAGGACGACAGCCUGUCUUCUGAUGCAGAGUUGAGCUCUGAUCUGAAUUUGAAAAUUAAUUUGCAUGAACAAAGAGAUGAUGGAAAUCCAAUUGAGGCUAAAGAGAAAGAUAGUGCUGCUUCAUCUCCAGAGUACAAUACAGGUAACAUAAAUGAGAGUGAGAAUAUAGUUGAAAUGAAGGAAAUUGAGAGUAACACCAAAGGAGAAGUUCUGAAUUCUGAAGAAGGUUCCACAUUUAAGGCAGUUUGGGGAAAGAAAGGUAGACCAGCAAAAACUACAUCAUCAGAUAGUGAAGACAGUAUGGCUGCCAUAAAACAAAAACAUGCACCAAAUGAUGGAAGAAGUGUGGAACACUUGGUGUCCACAUUUCCAGAAACAGAAGGUUCUUCAGUGUGUGUAGCUUCAAAUGCUACAAAACAAGUAGUUGGUACUACUGUUCUUACGUUAAGCACAGAUUGUGAGGAUCAACAAAAACACCAGCUAAAGAAAACUUGCUCCUCUGAGAUUUCAGAUUUAGGUUUAGUAAAACAUGGCAUUUCUGAUGAAAUUGAUACUGAUAAAGAUAAAUUACAAGACUUACAUCAGUUAAUAACUGAGGAUUCGGUUCUUCAAACUUGUGAAUUGGGUAGUGAAAUUGAAGUAGAACUUGAAGAAUGUAAUGAUGCUUCUGUGUUGCAACAAAAUAUACAUAGCCAUGGAAAUGUUCUUUGUGAAGAAUUUGAGUUAUAUGAGACCCUGAAGUCCCGGAUUGAUUGGGAAGGCCUAUUUGGAAACAGUAAUGAAGAGAUGGAAACCUCAAGUUUUGCAAGAAGGGAAGAUACUGAUCCACAUCAUUCCACAGACUGUAAUUGUAUGUCUUUUUCUUCACAAAAAGACAAAAGAGAGCUCCACAACCCAAUUUUUCUUCCAGAUCUACAAGUUACAAUUACAAAUUUAAUUAGUCUAAGAGUCAGACCCACUGAUGAUUCUUUAGAGUUGAAAGAUAAUUUUUACAAACAUGUAACUGAACCCACAGAAUCAGAAGCAAAUAAGGAGAAGGUGUUUGGAUUUGACAUUUAUUCCCAACCUUAUGGAGAAAAUUCAGGUUUUUCAUGUGAAAAUAAAUUUGGUAAUUCAGUGCAAGAAUCAGGACAUGUGGGCAAAUCUGGAAUUUCCCAUUCUUCCAAUUCGAGUCAUAAUACACAUGUGAGUCACAUAUAUGGAAAACCAGACAGUGAUUCUUUGUCUACUCUGCCGUCUAAUGUCACAGUAAUCAAUGAUAAGAGUAAAUGUCCAACAAAAUCAAAACCUGACUUCAGUGACACUAGAAAUAAAAAGGACAUGGAACCAAGAAGUAACAAAAGAAGCCUACAUGCAUCUUCUAGGGGUCAGAAUAUAUCCCGGAAAGAUUUCAGGCAGCAUGAAACACAUGAGGAGAAGAAGAGGAAGCCAACAAGUCAUGACUCCUUUGAACGUUUUACUUCCCUAUCUCAAGGACGAAUUAAAACAUUUUCACAGUCAGAAAGGCACAUUAGGAGUGUACUGAAUAUUCUAAAUAAUGAAGCAUCUUUAUGUAAAAGUAAACAUCUGUCCAGAAAACUGGACAAAGCUGUUCUUCACUUAAAAAAAGCUCAUAGAAGAGUUCAUACAUCUUUGCAGCUUAUAUCUAAAGUGGGGAAAAAGGGAAAGGGCCCAUUACCAAAAGCAUAUGCAAUAAUAUGCAAUAAUUUCUGGGAAAGUUGUGAUCUUCAAGGUGAUAGUUGGAUGUCUGAAAGAAGAUACUCUACUAGGCAUUUUUUAUCCAAAAGAAGAUAUGACAAACAGGAAGAGAAAAGAUUAUUAAGAUUUGAUUUUGAUGAAUCAUUGGCCCCGGUAUCAAAGCACAGAUCUUAUAGAACAGACAGAGAGAGAAUUGCAGAGUGCCUUUCCAGCGAAAUUAUGUCUGGCCAUGUCUCCAGUAGUCUUACCACUUUCCAUGUGAGAGAAUUUUGUGAUGAAGAACAACUUCAUGAAUCACAGUUACCCCUAGCCUAUACAUCCCAGAGUAUAAAUCAACGAGAACACACUAAUAGCAUUGGGAGAAAUGCAAGCUCUUCUGAACUUGAGCAUUUUUCUGAAAGCAGUGGAUAUAUGCUUUACCCAGAUGAAACACUAACAGAAAAAGAGUAUCAGACUGAUACAUGGUUAUCUAAUAGUGACUCUGCAAAGCUUGAAAACCAUUCAACAUGUAAUAUUAAGGAUAUAACACGAGAAAAUAAUUCUGAAGAGAAAACAGUGGUAUGUGAAAGUAAUUCAGUGUCUAUAAGUUUCAUAAAAGAAAACAUAAGUCAUAGUCGAGACAAAAGUUAUGAUGUAACUUUUAAAGCUAACACUGACAUACUUGUUUCAGUUUUAGACUCAAACAAAAAGCACUUUUUAAAUGUUGGUAUCUCUGAACAAGAUAACCUUGUAUGUGAUGGUACUAGAAAUGGGGAAACAAUUUUUCCUGUAGGAAAGUGUACAGUUCUUACAGAGAUCACACCACACAUUCCUACAGGAACUAUAGCAAACAGAGGGUACACUAUUCCUCCAUUGUCACCAAUUCUAGUAACAGCUGGUGAGGAAGAAUCUCCUGUGGGGGGGAAUGAACUCUUUCAUAUAAAGGAGAAUGAGGUGAAUAUUACUAAGCAGUCUGAAUUGGAUCUAACACCAGUAACUGAAGAAAGUCGUAAGAGAAAUAUAAAAGAACUACCUUCCAGUGAUAGUUCUCUGCUCUUAAAAGGGAAUGUAAAUGGUCCUUCCAAAACAUAUGUUGCAAAAUACAUUGAGGAAGAAAAAAUGAGAAAAAUUGAGCAGGCAGUUUACCAAAAAAUGAUUACUGAAGAAUCAACUGUAAUUAUUGGGUAUAAACAUCAGAGUAAGAUCCUAAAAGAAGAAUCCUUCUACUUACCCAAGAAAAUAAAUAAAAACAACUUGACUGGUUCUCGUCUAGGCAUUAAAAAUUCUACUCUAGAGACAAUUACCUUGAAAAACAUUCUUAGUCAACUUAGUAAAAAACAGAAAGCAAGGCAAAUUAAGCAACUUAGUAACUACUCUCAAGCUGACUGUCCCUCCAAACCAACCACUGCAGAAACCAGUCAUAGGCCUGUUGUCCAUGAGAACUCUGAAGUAACUGCUCCUCCAAAGAAGCCUCUGUCACACAUGCAGGAAUUACAAGAAGAAUGUCGCUUAGCUAAUUACUCAUCCCAUAUGACAGAACUGUCUCAGAUUUUACAGAGAGCAGAUAAAGCAGCGUCUUCACAGAUUUUAGAAAAAGAGACUAAAGUUUGUGAAAAUAUUCUCCCUGUAUUUGUUGAAGCUUUUGAAAGAAAGCAAGAAUGUUCACUUAACCAAAUCCUGAUUUCAAGAAAGCUGUUGGUAGAACAGAACUUGUGGAAUAAUUGUAGACUAAAAUUAAAACCAUGUGCUGUUGAUACUUGGGUAGAACUUCAAAUGGCAAUGGAAACUAUCCAGUUCAUUGAAAACAAAAGAAGGUUUUUAGAAGGUGAACCAACAUUCCGAAGUUUGCUGUGGUACGAUGAGACCUUGUACAGUGAGCUGUUUCCCAGGCCACGUGGAUAUCAGCUGCAGUCCAAUUUCUAUCCUGCUUUUCAAGGACGAUUAAAAUAUAAUGCAUUCUGUGAGUUACAAAGUUAUCAUCAUCAGUUAGUUGAAUCCUUAACACAAACAAAACAAGGAAAUAAUUCAUACUAUGCAUUCUUAAAAUACAAACGGCAAAUAAAUGAAUGUGAAGCCAUAAUGAACCACUAUUCUGAUUGCUUUGACUUUUGUCUUUCUGUUCCAUUUGCUUCUGGAGUUAACUUUGGAGAUAGUUUAGAAGACUUGGAAGCCUUAAGAAAAAGUGUUCUGAAGCUGAUCAGUAUACAUGGGAGCUCUCCUAAAGUUCAUUCUUAUCCAGGGAAAGAAGACCAUUUGUGGAUUAUUUUAGAAGUGGUCUCUUCAAAGGUUAGUUUUAUCAAGAGCAGUGAAGAAAUAAGUAUCAAAAUCUGUCUUUAUGGUCUGGAACAUAUAUAUUUUGAUGCUGCAAAAAGUCUUGUAUGGAAAGGGAAAAGCCACUCUUUCCCCAAAAAUUAUUCUGAAAAGAACCGAGAAAUAGAGAAGAUGUAUGAAUGUGCUUUUUCUAAGUGGAAGAAGAUCUAUGAUGUCUUGUCUAAGGAUUUAAACAAUGAAUUAACUCCAAGUAAUGGGCUUGAAGAAGAUGGCAUGAUUGCUUCCAAACAGUCAGCUCUAGUUAGCAUUCCAGACUGUAAGCUGAACAAAGCGUGGCUUUCAUACCCAAAUAUUGGUUGUAUUAGUGAGAUACUGGAUCAAGCUGAAUCUGCAGACCUAGAAAAGUUACAGGAUCUCACUCUCAAAUGUACAGUUCACUUAGAAAUUUUAAAAAAACACUUCCAGAUGCUACAAGAAGAUAAAAUAGAUAAUAUUUUUAUCACUGAAGAAAAUGUUUUAGAUAUGCUAAACCACAACCUUGGGGCUGUGAUUUUAAAGCCUGAAGCUAUUGAGAUUUACAUUGAAGCUGCCAUGCUCUCAGAAACCAUUCACUUUCUUAAAAAUUCAAUAGCAAAGAAACUACACAAUCAGAGGUUUCGAGGUAUGCUCUGGUUUGAUUGGUCUCUUCUUCCUGAACUUGUUGGCUGCCAAAAAGAAAUGGCUUCCUUUUCAGCUGAUGACAACCAAACAGAUUGCCUUUGGAAAGUGAUAGAGACCAUGAUUUCUCACCUUAAGAAAGAGCUAGGUGUUAUCUGUGACUACAGUGAAGCUGUUAAUUGUUCCUAUGCUCAGCGUUUAUUCUCUAGAGAACUUAAGGAACUUUCGGGAAUUAAAAGGCUUCUAAAUGCUUCUAAGUAUUCAAUUCCCACGUAUAUUGACUUGGCACCACAUAUCGCAUCUGUAAAUUAUGGAAACACUGUGGCAGAAUUAGAACAUAACUACAACCAGCUUUUCACAUUACUCAAAAAUAUAAUGUCUGUCCCUCAGAAAGAUUUUGGAAAAAUGGUCCAUAUUAUGAAAGUUCUAAAGACAAUUGAACAUAUGAAGAUGAUAAGUGCUAAAGGUACCAAGUUGUCCACUCAUCUCCUCUUUUUCCAAAUGCUGCGUAACAGAAGAAACACUUUGCAACUAAAGAGAAAAGAAAAGAUGGGUACUCCCAUUACAGCACCUGAAGAGACAGGACAAAUACCCUCAGCUGCAGAGAGCACAAUAAAAAGCUUUUCAAGUUCCUCUCAAAAACGACCUGUGACUGUGGACAAAUGUGAAGUCUCUGAGGGAAAAGGAAAUACUGAUGCUGUUUCCAUUUGUAAAAAGCAAAAGGUUACCCUGAAAGAAGUAAGAAACGGACAAAAGACAAUAUCCAAGAAUCCAAGGACUACAGCAUCUCCUCCCAAAGAGGAAGACAAAACAGGAACAAAUUCAUUUGACAGUCUGAAAAGAGACUCUGCAUCUCCAGAAAUGGUCAAAAGACAAAGUUCAAUACCUGGCUCACUGUCACCUUCUGAGAGCAUACAAGACACUUGUACACAAAAGUCAGGAAGCAAAACGGAGCCAACAGAUAGCUCAUGUCAUGGUUCAGAGUAUCUCACUGCACAGCAGGGAAACUUCAAUGUCACAAAGAAAAGAAAUAGGAAUUUUAGUGCUGCUGAAACAGAUGAUAAGGAAGACCGUCCUUUAGUAACUUGUGACCAAAAGGAUAUAGAUGCCUCUUGCUCACCUGACAAUAUUCCUGCACAGAAGUUGCAUGAAAACCCUACAGAUCACACACAGAUCUGUCCUUCAAACAAAAGAGCAGGAAAUGAUGACUCUCUUGUGCCUAAUAUAUCAGCACCGACUUCCCAUUCUGUGAGGGCCAACCAUAGCAAUCUUGAAAUGAAUGACACGGGCUUUAAACAUGAAGAUAAUGAAGUACUAGAUUUGUCUAUCAAAGAUUAUAUAUGUACCAGCUCUCCAGAACCUGUGUGUAUCCAGGAGAAAAUUCCUGUUCUGCAGGUAGAUAAAACACAGCUUGUAAAAACUGAGUCACCGGAAAUGUGUGUAAAAGAUGCACUGAAUCCCAGUACCACACCGUUUGGUUCAUAUGGGAACUCAGCCCUUGAUGUGAGUCAAACAGAACAACAUACUCUCUCUGAACAGGAUGGAGAGAAUCCAAAAGUCCUGACUCAGAAAGUUAGUACAUCCUGGAACGCACCUCCACAGCCCGCAUGUACUGCAGUAUAUAAUUCUGAGCAUUCAUUUGGAACUUCAUAUCCGUACUAUGCUUGGUGUUUUUAUCAGUACAGCAGCAGCAGUGGCACUGCUGUUACUCACACGUACCAAGGGAUGACAACGCACGAGACACCUCCUCCUCCUCCUCCCAUGAUGACUGCAGUUGCAAGUUCUGUCCAGAACACACAUUUUAAUCAUUCGUACUCUGAACAUUUUAGUUCCUUUGCUAGGCAGCCGCAAGCAAAUGCCUUUACCCCAGGAAAUGGCUAUUCUCCAUUUCCCAUGCCUGUUUCUUACAAUUAUCAACAACCAGUUUACUCACGGUUUGCGUCUCAGCAGCUGCUACCACAAGCUGCAUAUCCUUGUCCUCCUAACCCAGGUCUGCUUCCACAAGGUCCCUGGACUCACGCUCCAUGGCAACAGAACCCAUUUCCGCCAAGGCAUUAAGAAUAAAUCUUUACUGAAAUAAAAGCAGUUUGUUUUCCCAAGCA